GUUGUAAUGUAGCUGGUAGUGAGUUGCACUUUUACGUAUUCCGUGUGCGAUGUCCACGCAGUGUGAACGUGUCGUAAACAUUCAGUGCAAAAAGGAUAAGCUCUUACAGUUCCGAACUACAAAACCUAAUAAAAUAUUCGAAGGGAUGGCAUCCGAAAUGUUCAAGCAAAUCUUUCUUCUUUUCCGGACAUAUUUCGACAUGUUUAUAGACUUUAUAUUCUCAUUAUAUUGGGAGAGACAUCGACAAGCGAUCCCUAGUUUAGAAAAGCGACAUAGUAUGCUGUCUGAAAGUGCUGUUAAUUUAGCUUCGAAGAUACGUAACAAAGAAUUGAAAUCGGAAGAAUUAGUUCAGGCCUGUAUUGAGAGAAUAAAAAUAGUUAACCCGAUAUUAAAUGCAGUUACGGACGAGAGGUUUGAUGAUGCUUUGGGGGAGGCGCGGGAGGUCGACAAAUUGAUUGAAGCUGGACAGGCUGACUUUGAGAAUCAACCAUUUCUGGGUGUGCCGUUCACCGCGAAGGAGAGCCACGCGGUGCGCGGCAUGCUGCACACGCUGGGCAUCGCGCGGCGGCGGCGGGCGCGCGCGCCGCACGACGCCGAGUGCGUGCGGCUGCUGCGCGCCGCCGGCGCCAUCCCGCUCGCCGUCACCAACGUGCCAGAGAUCAACAAGUGGCAGGAGACGCGCAACAUGGUGUUCGGGCAGACGUGCAACCCCUACCACACGGGCCGCACCGUGGGCGGCUCCAGCGGGGGCGAGGCCGCCCUCGCCGCCGCGCUCGCCUCGCCCAUCUCACUCUGUUCAGACAUCGGGGGGUCGACGCGCAUGCCGGCCUUCUACUGCGGCCUGUUCGGCCUCAACCCCACCGCCGGCACCACCAGCCUUAAAGGGUCGGCGCUGCGCUCGGGGCUGGAGCCGACGAUGGCGUCAGUGGGGGUCCUCAGCAAGCGGUGCGCGGACCUCGCGCCGCUCACAAACGUCCUGCUCACAGACUCCGCUCGACUACAGAUACAACUCGACACGGAAUAUCACAUCAAGGAUAUAAAGAUCUUCUACUGCAAGUCUGCGCCGGACCUCAGAGUCAGUCCGCUAGACAAAGAUAUGCGACAAACUAUGGACAAGGUGUUGUCUGCGCUGAGGGAGGAUGGUGCAGGGGGAGCUGGGGGUGCGCGGGAGUACGGGCACCCGGGGCUGCGGCACAUGUACUCGCUGUGGCGGCACGCCAUGGCGCUGGAGGCCGACAGCUUCCCGCAGCUGCUCACCGACAACCACGGCCAUGCCAACGGAAUACUGGAACUUGUUAAAAAGGUGGUAGGCGUGUCCGCGUACACGCUGGCCGCCAUCCUGAAGCUGCUGGACGAGCAGGUGCUGCCCGCAGUGGACCGCGACUGGGCCGACAGGACCACAAAGGACCUCAGGGAGGACCUCAUUCGCACCCUGGGGGAGGAGGGCGUGCUGCUGUUCCCGAGCGCGCCGGCCGCCGCGCCCUACCACUACUCGCUGUACCUGCGCCCCUUCAACUUCUCCUACUGGGCGCUGCUCAACGCGCUGCGGCUGCCCGCGCUGCAGGUGCCGCUGGGGCUGAGCAGCGCGGGGCUGCCGCUGGGGCUGCAGGUGGUGGCGGCGCCGCGGCGGGAGGCGCUCUGCCUGGCCGUGGCGAAGCACCUCGAGGCGCGCUUCGGGGGCUUCGUCCCGCCCUGCGCCGUACAACACUGAUACCACACAGACUGAAAUAACUUACGAUAUUAAUGUGUUUUGGGCAAGAAAAGUCGGUAUUAUUCUUGUUUUUAGUACAACAAAUGUAAAAAUAUCUUAUUUGUUGGCUUUAUUGUUAGUUAAAACUGGUGUAUGUUAUGUUGUAAGAAAAGUGAUAUAAAAUUUGUUAUUUUUUCCAAAUUGAAUAUGUAAUUGAAAUGUGUACUGUGAUAUCUAAAUGUUGGACUCGAAUAUUCAAUUAUUAUUAUAAACUGUGAUCUCUGUUUUGUCAAAAAUAAUAUAUUUCCAGUGAAUAUUUUCCUAUUUUAAAUAUAUUUUUAUAAAAGAAAUUUAGACAUGUUGUCAAAUAAAGUAAUUAUUUCGAGGCUUAUUAAUUCCAAAGUGUUUUAAAGAACUUUUAAAAUUAAAAAUAAUUGUAAAAUAUGACGAUGUCAAUUAUAUAU